UUUGGUUGAAGAAUGUGUACCUAAUAGAUGCUGCUGAAUGCUGAUGGUGAGAGGAGAGUUUGCAAAAUCUAAUCUCUUGAGGCUAUUCUGAUAGGUCUCCCCUAACCCUCCAUUUCAGAGUCUGGUAAAAGCAGGGGCAUGGGUGAAAAUUCUUGAGGGAGGGGUCCAGAACUCAGCUGCUAGGUUAAUGGCUGAUGGAACUUGCUCAAGAGCUGGGCAAAGGUGAAAGAGCCCUGUCCUGCUCCCAAGCCCUUAUUUCUCUCUCUCCGCUUCGUUGACACUCCCACCCCCUCCCCGCGACAGUCAGUGCACUCCACCCACACUCUGACCUCUUUCUUUACUCAACUAUCCCGCGCAGCCAAGACACAAUCCAGCCAGGCAGCAUGAGCCGAUCACCUUUCCAUCCCGUUCCACUCCUAGCUGUGGGCUCGCAGGAUGCUCCUGCUCCCGUGCCACCACUGCUGCCCCCUCUCCAGAAUCCCUCCUCCCACUCAUGGGCCUCUCGGUGUGGGCCUUCCACCUGGGUCCUCAGCUGUCUUCUGGCUCUACAGCAUUUCCUGGUUCUGUCAUCUCUGCUCUCUGCCUCCCACCUGCUGCUGCUUCACAGCCUUCCCCCAGGGGGGCUCUCAUACUCACCUGCUCAGCUACUGGCUUCCAGUUUCUUUUCCUGUGGUGUGUCUACGGUCCUGCAAACUUGGAUGGGCAGCAGGCUGCCUCUAGUCCAGGCUCCAUCCUUAGAGUUCCUUAUCCCUGCACUGGUGCUGACAAACCAGAAGCCAUCGCUGACUACCAAGACCCCUGGAAACGGUGAGCACAGAGCCAAACUUUCAGCCUCCCUCUCACUGCAUCUGUGUAGUUUGUCAAGCUGCCAUGGCCUGGAGCUCUGGAACACUUCUCUCCGAGAGGUGUCAGGGGCAGUGGUGGUAUCCGGGCUGCUGCAGGGCACAAUAGGACUUCUAGGGUUGCCUGGCCGUGUUUUUCCCUACUGUGGACCACUGGUGCUGGCACCCAGCCUGGUUGUAGCAGGGCUCUCUGCCCACAAGGAGGUGGCCCAGUUCUGUUCUGCUCACUGGGGCCUGGCCUUGCUACUCAUCCUGCUCAUGGUGAUCUGUUCUCAGCACUUGGGCUCCUGCCGGGUACCCUUGUGCUCCUGGAGGCCAGCUUCAACUUCUUCAACUCACAUUUAUAUUCCUGUCUUCCGACUCCUUUCGGUGCUUACCCCUGUGGCCUGUGUGUGGAUCAUCUCUGCCCUUCUGGGUCUGAAUGUUAUCCCCCUACAGCUGUCUGAUCCCACUGAGGCACCAUGGUUUUGGCUGCCUCACCCAGGUGAGUGGGAUUGGCCCUUAUUGACACCCAGGGCCCUGGCUGCAGGCAUCUCCAUGGCUUUGGCAGCCUCCACCAGUUCCUUGGGUUGCUAUGCCCUGUGUGGCCAGCUGUUGCAUUUGUCUCCUCCACCACCACAUGCCUGCAGUCGAGGGCUGAGCCUGGAGGGGCUGGGCAGUGUGCUGGCAGGGCUGCUGGGGAGCCCCCUGGGCACUGCAUCCAGCUUCCCUAACGUAGGCACAGUGAGUCUUUUCCAGACUGGUUCGCGGCAAGUAGCCCACCUGGUGGGGCUAUUCUGCGUGGGUCUUGGGCUCUCCCCAAGGCUGGCUCAGUUAUUCAUCAACAUCCCACUGCCCGUGCUUGGUGGGGUACUGGGAGUGACCCAGGCUGUAGUUCUGUCUGCUGGCUUCUCCAGCUUCCACCUGGCUGACAUUGACUCUGGGCGAAAUGUCUUCAUCGUGGGCUUCUCCAUCUUUAUGGCCUUGCUUCUGCCAAGGUGGCUCUGGGAAGCCCCAGAGUUCAACACAGGCUGGAGCCCCUUGGAUAUGUUCCUUCGUUCUUUGCUGGCAGAACCCAUUUUUCUAGCGGGUCUUUUGGGCUUUCUUCUAGAAAACACCAUUUCUGGUACACGGAUUGAGCGAGGCCUAGGUCAACGGCUGCCAACUUCUUUCACUGCCCAAGAAACUCAGAAGUCCAGGGAGAGGGCUGCUCAAGAGUAUGGGCUUCCGUUACCCAUCACAAACCUGUGUUCCCACAUCCCACAGCCUCUCCAUUGCCUCUGUCCAAUGCCUGAAGACUCUGAGGAUGAGGAAGGAGGGCCCUCUAAAACAGGAGAGAUGGCCGACUUGUUGCCUAACUCUGAGGAGUCAUGCCCUGCAGCUAGCAGAGAAGCGGUUAGGUCCCAGUAAUUACCUUGAGCACCGUUUUUGUCUUCAUCAGUCUAGCAGUAACUCCCAGUUUGCUGGAGUCUCACCUGCGAGGCAAUACUUUCUCCCAGUGAGAAGGUGUUUGUGGCCCUUCUAGAUGCGCCCUUUCCCAAUAGAAUGGGAUGCCUUUCCUUCUCUUAGGCUAACGUGUU